AUGUGGGUGGAUUUGGAGCGCAAGGCAGACCUUGGGAGGUUUAAACUCACCGCUGGGAGGUUCCACGGAGACCCGUAUUUUUUCUUUGCGAAUGGAGAAAAACAUAAGUUGAUGUGGGUGGAUUUGGAGCGCAAGGCAGACCUUGGGAGGUUUAAACUCACCGCUGGGAGGUUCCACGGAGACCCGGUGCGAGAUAAAUGUCUACAAACUAGUGAAGGUUAUAAAUUUUACGCUAUCUCCUCAUGAUUUAAACCAUGUAGUAACAAAGGGAAGACUCUGGUCAUUCAGUAUACUGUGAAAUAUGAGCAGAAAAUAGAUUAUGGUGGGGGAUACGUUAAGAUUUUUCCCUCCAACUUGGACCAGAAGAACCUGAGUGGAGAUUCACAACAUUACAUCAUGUUUGGGCCAGAUAUUUGUGGAUCUGAGACAAAGAAAGUGCAUGUUAUUUUAAAUUACAAGAAUAAACCCCAUCCAAUCAGGAAACCAAUCAGAUGCAAGGUUGAUGGAUAUACACAUCUAUAUUCUUUGAUUAUAAGGCCAGAUCAGACUUAUGAAGUAAAAAUUGAUAACGAAAUGGUCGCAUCCGGAAACUUAGAAGAUGAUUUGGAUUUUUUGCCACCGAGGAAAAUUAAUGAUCCAACGAUGAAGAAACCCACUGACUGGGAUGAUCGAAUCCAAGUUGAUGAUCCAAAUGACAUCAAACCUGGGGAUUGGGAUGAACCCGAAUACAUCAUGGACACUAGUGCUGAGAAACCUGAAGAUUGGGAGGAUGCUGUGAAUGGAGAAUGGCAUUAUCCUGUGGUCAAGAAUCCUCUAUACAGAGGUGAAUGGAAACCAAGGCAGAUAGAUAACACAAAUUAUAGAGGAGUUUGGCCUCAUCCACAGAUUGACAAUCCAAAUUACUCACCAGACUUCAGUAUCUACAGCUAUGAAAAUAUUAGCAUAAUUGGACUAGGUCUCUGGCAGGUGAGAGCUGGCACAAUUUUUGACAACUUCUUGAUAACAGAUGAUGAGGUUUAUGCAGAAGACUUUGGAGAUGAAACAUGGGGAGAAACAAAGGGUCCUGAAAAGGAAAUAAACAUAAAGCAGACUGAGGAAGAGCAGGGUAGAGGAAGAGUUACAGAAGAAAAAUACUUUCAAAGACACUUCAUAGCAUUUAAGCAGAUCGCCCUGGAUUCUUGUCACCUCUGUCAGUUUUCUACUGGGAAUCCGUUAUACGAAACUUACUACAAACAGGUAGAUCCAACAUAUACGGGGAGAGUUGGGGCAAAUGAAGCUGCACUGUUUCUUAAAAAAUCUGGUCUCUCUGAUAUUAUCCUCGGAAAAAUAUGGGAUUUGGCUGACCCGGAGGGUAAAGGAUACUUGGAUAAACAGGUAAAUGAAAUGUGCCUGUAG